AUGGCACCCAGCAUCCCCAAGACCUGCAAAGCGGUCGUCCUCGAGAAAGCCGGCGCCCCAUGGGCGAUCAAAGAAGUCCCGGUCGAGCAGCCAAAGGCCGGUGAAGUGCUGAUCAAGGUCCAUGCGUGCGGUGUCUGCCACUCGGACUGUGCGGUGCAGGAGGGCCAAUUUCCUGGGAUCCCAUAUCCGAUCGUGCCUGGCCAUGAAAUGAUCGGCACCGUUGUCGCAGUAGGAGAAGGCGAGAAGAGGUGGAAGGAGGGCGAUAGAGUUGGCGGACCAUGGCACGGUGGACACGACGGGACGUGCAAGGCUUGCAACCGCGGCUUGUUCCAGAUGUGCAGCAACGAAGCCAUCAACGGCGUGACAAGGAACGGUGGAUAUUCCGAAUACUGCACUCUUCGCUCCGAAGCAACUGUCAGCAUCCCGUCCGAUGUUGAUCCCGCCGACUACGCACCACUCCUCUGCGCAGGCGUAACCGUCUUCAACGGUAUCCGCAAGAUGGGCAUUGUUCAGGGCGAUACCGUUGCGGUGCAGGGUCUUGGUGGCCUCGGCCAUCUUGCGAUCCAGUAUGCGCGCCGCAUGGGAUACCGCACUGUCGCCUUGUCGAGCAGUGGCGCUAAGAAAGAUUUUGCGAUGCAACUCGGCGCAACUGACUACGUCGACGGCAGCAAAGAGGACACUGCAGAGGCACUCCAGAAGAUGGGGGGUGCGGCGCUGGUCGUCGUCACCGCGCCCAAUCCGAAGAUCAUUGGUCCUUUGGUAAACGCUUGCGCUCCUGGUGGAAAGGUGCUCGUUCUGUCACCUGUUGGUGAAGUCUCGGUGAACACCAUUCCGAUGAUAAUGAAGGGCAUAUCGGUGCACGGCUGGCCUUCUGGACACGCGCUCGAUAGCGAAGAGGCGAUCUCGUUUGCCCAGCACCAAGAUGUCAAGUGCAUGGUGGAGAAAUUCCCGCUGGACAAAGUCGAGGACGCCGUAGAGCGGAUGCUGUCUGGAGGCGUGAGGUUCCGCAGUGUGCUUGUUAUGGAAUGA